AUCGAUAACUUAUACUCAAGAAUGAAAAAACGAGCGUAAUAAACGUUUCUUGUGCAUCAUUGUGAAUACUCCCUCGAAACUGCUGAGCGUGCAAUAAUUGGCAAGCGAGCCAUGGUUAUCUGUGCAGCUGCCAUGCCACCAGACACGAGACAGCAUAAUAACCAGGUCAAAGAACCCCGCAAACUAAUCGAUGACCUCGAAGGCUCUGGCCAAGGAGAUGAAAAGGGAACAGGCGGUGACAAUCGCGAGGAGGGAGAGAUUGAGGACGAGUUUGAGUUGAUCAUAUCAUCCGAGGACGAGGAGUUUAAGCUACGUGCCCGCAUUCAACAGCUGGAGGAGAAGAACCAGGAUGUGGAACGGAUGGAUAUGCUUUCCGCCAAUUUGGCGCAUCAUUACAGUUAUCCGAAACCAGCGGGGCGUUUUCCACGACACACACCGAAAUCGCCCGUCCUUGUGCUAUCAGAUGUGUCCAGUCUAUCGGAGAACGAGCUGGACGCCCAGCGAAGGGAGAUUAAGCAAAAGCUUCGCCGCAUGGAUUUGGCCAAAAGGUAUGGACCGAGUGAUACCCGCAGGAGUGCAAUCAGCAAACGAACCAGCUACAAACACCAUCAUGCAUUGCCUCCGCGGAGACGCCAGCCAUACCACCACUACUCUCAGAACUAUCACCUGCCGCGCCAUUACAAAAAUCAUGCGAGCUCACCGCCCCAUCAUCAGGAUACCAUUCUGGUCGAUUCGCUGGACAGCCUUACAGACGACGAGUUCGACGAAUACGAUGAGGACGAUGAGAAUGAGGACGAGCUUGACCUGGAGAGGCUGAAGCUGAGCAGAGACAAGCUUCGAGUGGCCUUGGCGCGAGAGGAGCGCCAGCAAAUGUACAAAAACAGUCUGCGUGAGCGUCUGCAGGUUCGCCUGCAUAAGUCACCCAGUCCCAAGUUCACAAAUGACUACUCCCGGUUCCCCCCGAGUCAACUGCCGUUGCCCCUAAAACAUAUAUCUGACAAUGAGGAGAACACAUCAGAGCAGGCUUGUGGCAAAAAAGACGACGAUCCGGCAGAACUGAGACUGAGAUUAGCAGCUCUGAAAUCAGCAAUGUUAAAAAAACAUUUCGCGCGCCAGAAACGAGAUGCGGAGCGGGCAUACUCGCCCACUGAUAUGAUCAAUCGCGUGCAUCCUUCCAUAACCAAUGCGGACGAAAUCGACGACCUCAUGGAGAUAAGUCCGGCCGCUUCCCCAGAACGAGAGCCAUCCCCGCCGCGAUUUACUCUAGCGGACAUGGAGGACACUAAGCCCGUGGACAUGGAGCUGGCUGAAACGGACAGCGAAGAUCAGAAUAGGGAAUAUGAAAAUUGGAAUACUUGGGGAAAUAAUUGGAAUAGCUUAGAAACUGCCGGAGGCAGUUGGCGGUCCUUUGUGCCCAACUCGCUGCCACCUGUCUCCAUGCCCAUUGUGAUAGAUGAGGACGAUGAAGAUGAUAUCCGAGCACAUGACCCGAGGGGCCGAGUGGAAAAUGUUGUCUUUGAUGAUGACGAAGAACCGCCUCCGCCCCCGCCAUUUCACAUUCCGCCAAUGCAUCUGGAGGACGAGGAUGCGCGAGAUGCUAUGCAUCUGGUCGAUCACCAUUCCAACCAUAGUUACAUAACUGAUAUGCAAUCGGUUUCCAUGGAAAACUCACAGACGCGUAUGCGAUCACAUACCGAGUCCAGUGACGACGAAGCUGGGGCUCUGCGGGCUUUGCUCCUCGCCAAUUUGCGUUCAAUAAAACCGCCUCCGCCUCCUCCACCCCCGCCUGAGUGCCCGCCCUCGCCGCCACCUCAGAAUUUCGGUCCUUCUGCCCCUCCGCCAUCCGCCGUUGAACUUCCUAGAGAAGAUUCGAACGCAAGCUAUGAGUCGGAUGACCCAGAUCAGCUGCGUUCACUUCUUCUCUCCAGCAUAGCAACGAAAAAAGCUGUCAAACCGAGUUUGAGGGGCAAUCAGGGCUUGCCAGAGAUACUCAAGAAUGCUGUGAAGCGCUUCCAAAACAGCGCCUUCUCCCCCAAAGAAGUGGAAGAGCCGACAAGGGAACAGAAUCCCAUUCCCCCAGAGAUAAAUGAACCAGAAAUCCAGAAAGAAUCGCAAAUCGAAAGUGUGUCAGAGCCCCCACCAACUCCAAUUGCAGCAACCUUUGAAGAACCGGUCGAAAUCCCUCAGCGCUUAGAAGUCUUUCAGAAUAAAAGUAUAAACCAAACCUCACCCUCCUCCAAAAUCAUCAAAAUCGUGAAACCCAACAAGGUGAUAAACAAAAAGGCAACUACGAAGAGGAAAAUGCCAGUAGAUGAGGCAUCAUCUCCAAGAUUGAGUAUCAAACGUCCGUCAACGCUUAUGAUCAAGGAACCUAACGCUCCGCUGCACAGUCGUUCGACAAUUGCGUCCAGCACCCGCCUUAUUACAACCGUGGAUCCAGCUACCAUCAGGGUGAACAAAUUGGUCAUCAGCUUGGCAGAGGAAUCGGCAGCUAGCGACGACGAUUUAGAGCUGAACUCGUGCAUGGCCUACACCCCGUACGCGGACAUAGCCAGUCCCCUGAGCCUGGCCAUGGGUAGUGCCAGUGGUUCAACCACCCGAUCCAACACUCCCACGGCCGAGAUGGGAGAUAUGAAUCCCGCACCCAAUACCAACCUGAGGAGAACUGUCAUCAACGAUCACUUUGAGAAAAAGAUUGAUGACUUCCUGAAACAAGCCAGAUCCCAGGCACCUCUGACUAGUUCGCCGGAGGCGUCUGUUGAGAAAAUGCCCGAGGAACCAAAGGUAGCCGAAAAGCGGAAAGAUGUGCUUCCCUCUCCGAUACUUCCUACAAAAAUAUCACCAGGGGCUGUGAGACAUUUGCCAGUGGCUUCCCAGAAGGAGUACCUGCGUUUGAUCGAGCGCAUGCAAAUGCUGGAAAAGAAGAAACAAUUGGAAGCCAAAGCUAAGGUUCUGGGUCCCAAAAGCAAAGCUAGUCCUGUGAGAAAGGCACCGCCACCCAAACAAAACGGUUCUCUCUCUAAAACGGGGCCAAAGUCGGCUAUUAAAGCUAACCCUGCUGGUAGCAUCAAGUCCGUUGCGCCACCUGAAGCACCAAAAGAUAAACUUCCAGAUCCCAAAGUACCAAAGCUCAAUCCCAAACCAAAUCCCCCAUCAAAGGAAAGCCGGCUCAAGGCAUUUGAGAAUUCGUUUAAAAAAAUCGGGGCCAGCAUGGUAACCAAUCUGGACAAGUCACUGCAGCUGGUGGAGGAAGCCAAGAAGUCAAAGGCGAUACGACUGCAAUGUUCGCAGCGACUAAAGGAACUGUAUGCGGAAAUGCAGUCUGUGAAGCAGGUGGUCAAGCAGGAGGAAUUGAAGCUGUCGCGGAUUCAGCCAGAGAUUCAGACCAGCCACGAGAUAAUCAUAUCUCUGAAACAGAAACGCCAUAAACUCCACACAGCGGCCAUGGACCUGGGCCGUGGAUUAAGGGGCGAUGACUACAGGUUAAUCGACGAGGGCAAGGCGACUAUCACGCAAAAAUCCACGAAAUUAACCAAGGAAAUCCGUCUCUACAAUUCCAUCUUGAAGUACGAUGACCUGAAGAAACUGACUGCUCCAGAGGAUCUUCAGCCAAAUCCUGUGAUUGAACCGGAGGAUCCCGCUCCCACGCCACCCGCUCAGGAGCCUCCUGAAGAAAGGCCAACGGAAUUGGAGGCGAGCAACCGAGAGGAGCCUUCGGAAGCUUCGGAUACAAACAAAUCUAGCAUAGAACCGGAAAAGAUGCCUCUAGAUAAUCCGGCGCAGAGCAAACCGAGUGAAGCCAGACGGGGGGUGAAACAACCGGGACCCUUUACUGUGACCACGAUGCGGGAGCUAAGGGAGGAUACGGCUAAACGGGUGGGAUCACUCAGGCACCAAUAUGUCUUAACCUACCAAACGCCCAUGUCCCGCAACUACAACAGCGACCUUGAUGUCUACGCCACCAUAUGCCCCUUCGAUCUGAUGGGACGCUGCGAGGAUGCAGACUGCUCCUUCCUGCAUUUAGCCCGACCCGAUGCCCCACCAGGCAUCGGCGAGAAAGAGCUGCCAAAGACAAACCUCACUAUUAAUACCUAACAACCAAACAAAAACAAAAAAAAACUCACAUAACCACUAAAAGCAAACAUAAUCUUAAAAAUAGCGUGCUUGAAUUCUGGUAAGUUGAACUCUUCACGCAACUUAAUAUUUAAAUGUUGCUUUCAGUCAACUUUAAAAAACGAAAACAAAAAAAAAGUUGAAAUUAAAAACCCAACAAAUCAAAUGCUAAGCAAACCGAAGAGGAUGAGCAGAUGGCGCCCAACGAGUGCAAAUACACAAAAAAAAUUGAACAAAGAUUUACAAAAAAAAAAGAAAUAAUCGUUACAGGGUUGUACCUUGUUUGUUAUAUACAUUUAUAUAUAAUUGUAUAUAGUAUAUCCCAUAUAUAUUUUUGACUAUCCCAUGUAGUGCAAAGUUCCAAAGUUCACCGGCGCUCGAUGACGAUUUUCGGGCUUCGAUACGAACGGAUGUGCAUUUGUAAUUUUCGCUUCUGUUAUUCGUUUCUUUUACUUUAUAAUUUUACUCAAUUUUUUCUACGAUUUGCCAUAAAAGAACCGAACAGAACUGUACUUUGAAAUAAGUUCUAGUUACGCGAUGUUAUUUAGAAUAUGAUUUUGAUUUAAUUUCUUAAUGAUGAGAAGGCCAAAACAACAUAAUUUCGUUUCGAAAUCACUCUUUAAUAUCAUUACUAUACAUUUAUAAUUAUUAUAAAGUUUUCUAAAAAUGCAAAAAAUGAAUUUCCAACACAA